CACCGCACUCCGAUCCGCGCUCAUUCAAACUUCAGAUGGACUGCCUUCACUCUGCACUGACCAGUAAAAUGAAUUGGAUCGCACUCCUGCUGGCUGGCUUGACUUUUUGGGGCAAAGUGUCCUUGCACAGUUGCUUAGAUUAUGAUGACAGUUAUGAUUAUUACGAAGAGGAGAAAACGGAAACGAUAGACUACAAGGAUCCCUGCAAAGCUGGAGUUCACUGGGGGAAUAUCGCCUUGGACGAAGAGGACUUGAAAAUGUUUCAGAUCGAUGGAACGAUAGAGCUUUCACAUCAGUCACAUGGGAGACAGGGACACACGUCGGGUGGUCUAGGAGAGCAUGAUACCAGUAAGAAGAGAGGUUCAUUAUAUCUGUUGCUGGACAGAAUACGACGGUUAGGUUUUGAGUCGUGGCCAGUGAACAGCAGUAAAGAUGUGUCGAGCUCCAAAGCUGGAGGGAAGAGUGUAAACAGCGGCAGAGGUGUGAAGUCUCGAGUGCCACGUGCUGCCACAUCCCGAGCUGAGAAGAUCUGGCCAGGUGGCGUCAUCCCUUACGUCAUAGGAGGCAACUUCACUGGAAGUCAGAGGGCCAUGUUAAAACAAGCAAUGAGACACUGGGAGAAACAGACAUGUGUGACCUUCAUCGAGAAAACUGGAGAGAGCUACAUCGUCUUCACCUACAGACCCUGCGGGUGCUGCUCUUACGUCGGUCGUCGUGGCAAUGGUCCCCAGGCAAUAUCCAUUGGGAAGAACUGUGACAAGUUUGGCAUUGUGGUUCACGAACUUGGACAUGUAAUAGGCUUUUGGCAUGAGCACACACGACCUGACCGUGACGAUCAUGUGACCAUCAUUCGGGACAACAUUCAGCCAGGUCAGGAGUAUAACUUCAUUAAAAUGGAACCAGGGGAUGUAAACUCUCUUGGUGAGCCAUAUGAUUUUGACAGCAUCAUGCAUUAUGCCAGAAACACUUUCUCCAGAGGAAUGUUUCUGGACACAAUUCUUCCCUCUCGUGAUGAGAAUGGCAUCAGGCCUGCCAUUGGUCAGAGAACUAGACUCAGCAAAGGAGAUAUAUCCCAAGCCAAGAAGCUAUACAGAUGUCCAGCGUGUGGUGAAACACUGCAGGACUCGGUGGGGAAUUUCUCAUCUCCAGGAUAUCCUAAUGGAUACCCAUCAUAUACACACUGUGUAUGGAGGAUCUCCGUCACACCUGGGGAGAAGAUAGUGUUAAACUUCACCACUAUGGACCUCUACAAGAGCAGCUUGUGCUGGUAUGAUUACAUUGAGGUUCGUGACGGAUACUGGAGGAAAGCACCAUUGCUGGGUCGAUUUUGUGGUGAUAAAAUUCCAGAAGUGUUAGUCUCUACCGACAGCCGGAUGUGGAUUGAAUUCCGCAGUAGCAGCAACUGGGUUGGAAAGGGAUUCGCUGCAGUUUAUGAAGCAAUAUGUGGAGGGGAGAUCAGUAAGGACUCUGGGCAGAUCCAGUCUCCAAAUUAUCCAGAUGACUAUCGUCCAUCUAAGGAAUGUGUGUGGAGGAUCACAGUGUCCGAGGGCUACAGCGUGGGCUUGAGCUUUCAGGUUUUUGAGAUCGAGAGGCACGACAGCUGUGCAUAUGACUACCUAGAAGUUAGAGAUGGACUAACUGAGAACAGCCCUCUAAUUGGUCGAUUCUGUGGCUAUGAUAAACCUGAAGAUAUCCGUUCCACCUCUAACACCCUCUGGAUGAAAUUUGUCUCUGAUGGGACGGUUAAUAAAGCAGGCUUUGCUGCCAACUUCUUCAAAGAGGAAGAUGAAUGUCUGAAGCCAGAUAAUGGGGGCUGCGAACAGAGAUGUGUUAACACAUUAGGAAGCUUCAAAUGUGCCUGUGAUCCUGGAUACGAACUGGCCCCUGACAAGAAGAGCUGUGAAGCUGCAUGUGGUGGCUUGCUGACUAAGUUGAACGGCACAAUUACUACCCCCGGUUGGCCUAAGGAAUACCCUCCUAAUAAGAACUGUGUGUGGCAAGUGGUGGCUCCCACUCAGUACCGCAUCUCCAUGCAGUUUGAAACCUUUGAACUAGAGGGAAACGAGGUGUGCAAGUAUGACUAUGUUGAAUUGCGGAGCGGUUUGUCAUCUGACUCGAAGCUUCAUGGGAAAUACUGUGGUACGGAGGUUCCUGAGGUUAUCACCUCCCAGUACAACAAUAUGCGAAUCGAGUUCAAAUCUGACAACACAGUCUCCAAGAAAGGCUUCAAGGCUCAUUUCUUCUCCGAUAAAGAUGAAUGUUCAAAGGAUAAUGGGGGAUGCCAGCAUGAGUGUAUCAACACCAUUGGCAGCUACGUGUGCCAGUGCCGCAACGGCUUUAUUCUGCAUGAGAACAAACAUGACUGCAAGGAAGCUGAGUGUGAGCACAAGAUUCACAGCACAAGUGGAACGAUCAGCAGUCCAAACUGGCCUGACAAAUACCCCAGCAGGAAGGAGUGCACAUGGGACAUCACCGCAACCCCAGGUCACCGCGUCAAGAUUUCUUUUAAUGAGUUCGAGAUUGAGCAGCACCAAGAAUGCGCAUAUGAUCACCUGGAGGCCUUUGACGGCGACUCAGACAAGACUCCUAUCCUGAGCCGUCUGUGUGGCAGUAAGAUUCCAGAACCGCUCAUUUCCACGGGAAACAAGAUGUACCUGCGCUUCAUCUCUGACGCCUCAGUGCAGAGAAAAGGCUUUCAGGCCACUCAUUCCACCGAAUGUGGCGGUAGGCUGAAAGCAGAAGCACGGCAGAAGAACCUGUAUUCUCAUGCUCAGUUUGGGGAUAAUAACUACCCCGGCCACACCGAUUGUGAGUGGCUCAUAACGGCAGAGUCGGGUUACGGCAUCGAGCUCACCUUCACCACAUUUGAGGUAGAGGAGGAGGCUGACUGCGGGUACGACUACAUUGAACUUUACGAUGGCUACGACACUGGAGCCCACAAGCUCGGACGCUUUUGUGGAUCUGGGCCUCGUGAGGAGCUUUACUCUGCCGGCGAUGCCGUGUUGAUUCAUUUCCACUCUGAUGACACAAUCAGUAAGAAAGGCUUCCAUAUCCGCUACACUAGCACAAAGUUUCAGGAGGCGCUACACACACGCAAGUAACAUCUCCCCAAGAGGUGAAAGAGACUCCAGAGAGACUGAAUACAGGGAUAAAAUGUUGCAAGGAGAAACAGACUCCAGAGAACUAUUAAGAUUGAUUAAUAUCAAUCAGAAACCCUGUGGCGAUGUGUUUCCUGCAUUGGAUUUGCCUCUUAAUGUUCAGCCACUACGGAAGUGCUGUCGUAUUGACCCUAAACACCAAUCAGCUGCUCUUAUGUGUAGGAUAGCUCCGCCCACCGGAGUGGUAUCCUGCGCUCUUCUGACUGGACCAGUGUAGAAAAUCAACCCCUGGAAGAAUAAAAACAUACAUAGAAACUUCUGUUGGCUCUACAGAUUCCAGUUAUAUAUAGAGUUGCACACUGAAAAAGAGACAACGACAAUAAGACAACAAGGAACUGAUAUUGUGUGUGUGUGUGUGCGCACUGGACAGCUCGGACAGUUUGGCUGCUGAUGCCACACCACACUGUACCUCAACUAAACUAUGUGUGUAUGUGGAUGUGUGUGUUUGAGAGAGAGAGGCCUUCAAAUACCAGCCUGAACUCAUUCAAAUGUUUUUAAAUGUAUGUGGUUGUAAUUUUACAUUUAUUCUGUUAGCUUUAUGGCAAAACCCAUUCUCGGAAGUGCAAAAGUAAAUAUGUAGCCCUAUUUAACGGUAAGCUUCCUUACAUAAAUGUAGCCCAUUGUUUACGCUGUGAUGAAAACAAUUUGAAAAAAGCGACACAACAGUGGGUCUUAUUCACUAAACACAAAACAUGCACGCGCACGAAUCUGUGCGUGAAACGCAAACCUUCACACUAAGAUUUAUCACAUGCUCUGGGUGGCCUUAUAAUCGUGUUGAAACGUUAUGAAUAGAUGUUCGAUCUUAAACAGAUUUCAGCACAUAUCAUGAAAAGCAGCAUUAUCAAGUCGAGAGGUUCUUUGUAUAACCAUAUAUGUACAGCUGGGUGUCGAUCGUGAUUGAAAUGGUUUUGAGGAUGGCACACUUGCUCUAGGAUCUUUCUCCACAUGCUUUUAAGUGACAAAAGAGAGUAAAGAAAAGGCUGUGUGGAUGAAGAUGAAUUUAAUGUGCUUUAUGCAAAUAACUCGUUUAAAAAUGCUGGGUUAAGAACAAAUUCAUGUGCUUAAGAAACAAUUCUGUGCUCACAAAUUCAAUAUAAUCCCUGCAGUUUCAAGUGAAUGAGACCCAGUGUCUUGCGCUUUAUUUGUGAAGAGGCCCACAAGGAAUCUGCAUUGCUGUUACUUUUACUCCACAGAGUUACCCAUGCCUUGUGUGUUCACACUUUGCAUUAUUUGAUAAUGCUUUCAGCUAUCAGUAAGUUUCCAUUUCACACAGUAUUUUCUGCGGGUUUCUAUCGUUUCUCUAAAAUGUCAGAAAGCCUGCAGAUUCCAUCUGGGCCUCCUGAGUUGCAGAAACUAAGUUGUUUGACAGAGGGAACUGAUAGAAUAUUCUCUGCGGAAGAAUCUAGUGGUUUUCUCACUCUUCCAGAAGAAGUGAACAAUGAACAUAAUGUGAUAAAGCCUUGCAUAAGAUGUCUGUUACAGCUGUGACAAGCGACUACAACCACCUUAACCCUGUGCGCUUUAUAUGCACUUAACACAGAAAGACUGUAUGAACCGUGUGUUCUUCAAUCGUGGAAACGAACCCGUGAGCAGUACCAAUGAAGCUGAAAAAACUCACAGUGCGAGGAGAUGUUCUCUGUUGCUAUAUUCCCAAUGACAAGUUUUCCCUGCUUGGAAAAAAAAAGCAAAGUCGCUGUUGAAGGGAAUUCCUACGGUGCUAUUCAGUGUCUCAAAAACACGACAGGUCCCACAAGGCAAUGCUCCAGCCAUUCAGUGAAUGCGCCGGCGCAAUGGAGAGGCAGCGUUGAAAUAAUGUUGCUCAUCUACACAGAAAGAACAAAAUACUCACAGCAUUGACAGCACUAGUGUUGUGGAGGAACAAUUAUUGCCUUAGAACCAAAAUGUACAUUGUUGCACAUGAUGUUUCUGUAGAUAAUUGUUUUUUUUUUGUUUUUGUUUUUUCAAAUUAUUAUAUUUUAUUUGAUAUUAAGUUUAAAGAACUUGAACCUUUAUGUUAAAAAUGAAAUUUAACUGACCUGAAGCCGUCCCUUUCUGUCCAGUUACACACACACACACACACACACACACACACACACACACUCGUCUGCAUAUAUGCUUAUACACGACCAUGUUCACACACACACACCAACUAAUGCUACAAUAAUGCUUUAACGUCAGCAGUAAGAGUGUGUGAACUGUGACGUGUGUGUGCAUUUAUUGGUCUGUGUGUUACACAGCACAGGUCAUGUGACUGUGUUCUGACUCAUGUGAGUAUUUCUGUAUGUGCCAAGUUCCUGUUGAUUCCACUCUAGAUGAUCUAUGAGAACUAUGACGUAUGACAAUGUGAAACAUGAUUUAUUCACCUGUUAUAUCAUCAGCCUAAUGAUGAAGAAGGACUCUUCACUCUCAACAGUGAUUAAACUCAU